AUGGAGAAGCAAAACCAGUCCUGUGUGAGAGAGUUUAUUCUUCUGGGCUUUCCCACAUCCGUAGAGUUCCAAGUCUUGCUCUUUCUGGUAUUUCUCAUUGUCUAUAUUUUGGUAUUGUCUGAGAACAUCAUAAUUAUGGUGACCAUCUGGGUGAAUGUUAACCUCCACACUCCUAUGUAUUUCUUUCUGUGCAAUUUGUCAUUCCUUGAGAUCUGGUACAUCACUGUCACCUUGCCAAAGAGCAUGGUGAACUUUCUAGUGGAGAGCAAAGUCAUCUCUUUUGUGGGCUGCAUGUUGCAGCUCUAUUUCUUCCUAGCAUUAGGCUGCACCGAGUGUGUCCUCCUUGCUGUCAUGGCCUAUGACCGCUAUGUCGCCAUCUGCUACCCUCUGCGCUACCCAGUAAUCAUGAGCCGAACUCUCUGUUUUCAGCUGGCAGCUGGAUCAUGGAUGAGUGGCUUCUUCAUCUCCAUGUGGAAAGUCCUCCUGAUAUCUGAGCUAACAUACUGUGGCCCAAAUAUAAUUAAUCACUUUUUCUGUGAUGUGUCCCCACUUCUGAACUUGUCCUGCACUGACAUGUCCCUGGCUGAACUGACAGAUUUCAUAUUAGCCUUGUUUAUCCUACUAACUCCUCUCAGUGUCACUAUCCUGUCCUACAUCUAUAUCAUCUCCACCAUCCUACGUAUCCCCUCGGCCAAGGGACGCCAGAAAGCCUUCUCCACUUGUGCUUCCCACCUCACAGUUGUUGUCAUCUUCUACGCUGCCAGUAUUUUCAUCUAUGCCCGUCCAAAGGCCAUCUCCUCCCUCAAUUCCAGCAAACUCGUCUCAGUUCUUUAUGCUGUCAUAGUCCCUCUUUGCAACCCAAUCAUUUAUUGCCUCAGGAACAAGGAAGUGAAAGUGGCCUUGAAGAAAACUUUGCUACGAUAA